UCGCCACUCGCGCGUGAGCGGGGGGCGUGUCCGUUCGGUUUGGUCCAUAGACUGUUGUAUGGUUUGUUCGAACUGCAGCAGCAGCAGCAGCAGCUUCCGCUCUCUGGCGUCACACAUGUAGCACAACAUGGCCCCUGCCAGCCGGGAUGUUGUUGUGGUAGCGCUUUCAUUACUGUAUCUGUGUCGGGCAAUCUUCUCUUCCGAGUAUUUCUCCACUCUCACUUUGUUCAACAAUGAGCUCCACAAGCAGGGAUGCAGCUCGCUGUCCGAGUGGGAAGAGUACGCGGCUGACUGCGAGUCCUCAAUUUUACAGUUGGAAGACCCAGAUUGUGAGGAGGGAAGCAACCCGCCCUGCGAGUCAGUCUUCUCACUUAACGCAGAGAAGAUCCUGAACCAGGCCAAAUUGUUUAUAGAACAGAAAAAAAUCCCCUUCCCUGUAGAUAACCACAACACAAACGAAGAACUUGCUAUAGGCUACGUUCUGAUAGGCAACGGUCUUUAUGAUGAAGCCAUCAAACACUUCUCACUAUUAUUACAGGGCGACCCAGAGCUGGUCAGUGCCAUCUACGGGAGAGGGAUAGCUUAUGGGAAGAAAAGUCUACAGGACAUAAAGAAUGCUGACUUGGCAUUGUACGAGCUCAACCGAGUCAUCACCCUCGAGCCUAACUGGCCAGAGGUCUAUGAACAGAGAGCAGAGAUCCUGUCUCCUCUGGGUCGUAUCAGUGAGGCUCUGGCUGAUCUGACCAAAGCCAUCCAGCUGCAGCCCUCAGCCCGUCUCUACAGACACAGAGGAACACUGCUCUUCAUUUCAGAGGAUUAUGUGGCAGCUAUGGAAGACUUCCAGCAGUCUUUAGAGCUAAAGAAGAAUCAGCCUAUCGCCAUGCUGUAUAAAGGCCUAACCUUCUUCCACAGAGGCAUGCUCAAGGAAGCCAUUGAGACAUUCAAAGAGGCACUGAAGUUGAAGUCUGACUUCAUAGAUGCUUAUAAGAGCCUUGGACAAGCCUACAGAGAGCUAGGUGAUUUUGAGUCAGCAAUGGAGAGCUUCCAGAAAGCCCUCAUGUUGAACCAGAACCACAUUCAGUCUCUCCAACUCCGAGGCAUGAUGCUGUACCAUCACGGCUCACUGCAGGAGGCCAUAGGCAACUUCAAGAGGUGUCUUCAGUUGGAGCCCUACAAUGAGGUGUGUCAGUACAUGAAGGGGUUAAGUCAUGUCGCGAUGGGACAGUUCUACGAGGGAAUCAAAGCUCAGACUAAAGUCAUGUUGAACGACCCUCUGCUGGGACAGAAGGCCAGCUCAGAAUACCUCAAAGUGAAAUACCUCAGAGAGUACUCUCGCUACCUGCAUUCUCAUCUUGACAUCCCAGUAGCAGAGUACAAUGUGGACCAGGACUUACCAGGAAACUUUAAGAAUCACUGGGCCAAGAACCUGCCUUUUCUUAUAGAGGACUAUGAAGAACAGCCUGGCCUGCAGCCACAUAUCAAGGACGUGCUGCCACAGAACUUUGACAGCUACAGUAGUGAUGUUCAGAAGCUGAUCUGCACAGCCGACCACCUAGGGGCGCUAAUGCAAUACGACACUCCUGGUUUCUUACCUAACAGGAGAAUACACAGAGCCAUGGGGUUAGCAACCUUGGAGGUGAUGCAGGCUAUGCAUCGAACAUGGAGCAACUCCAAAGUACGAGUCAACGGCAAGACCAGGCAAAUGCAGUGGAGAGACAUGUUCGACAUAGCCGUUAAAUGGAGGAGGAUCGCAGAUCCAGACCAGCCAGUUCUGUGGUUAGACCAGAUGCCUGCCAGGAGUCUCAGUCGAGGCUUCAACAAUCAUAUCAAUCUCAUCAGAGGACAGAUUAUCAACAUCAGAUACCUGGCCUACUUUGACAACAUCCUCGACUUCAUCAAAGACAGAAUACUGGUGUACCACGGGGCAUACAACCCCAGAGGACUCUUAGAGGUCCGCCAGGCUCUCGAAAAUGUGAAUAAAGUAGAAGAUCUGCUUCCUAUAAUGAAGCAGUUCAACAGUAAAACCAGAGAUGGCUUUACGGUCAACUCCAAGGUGCCGAGCAUGAAGGAUCUUGGGAAAGAGUACGACGGUUUUACCAUCACCAUCACUGGAGACAGGGUGGGCAACAUGUUAUUCUCAGUAGAGACUCAGACAACAGAAGAGCGGACGCAGCAGUACCAGUCAGAGAUAGAGUCCAUCUACAAAGACCUCACCGUCAAAGGAAAGGCAUUAAUGCUGUCCACUGAACUGGGGGAUGGAGAUGCAGUGUGUAAUCUGAUCCUCUCUUUGAUUUAUUACUUCUGCAACCUCAUGCCCCUCUCCAGAGGAUCCAGUGUUGUGGCUUACUCAGUCGUGAUGGGGGCACUGAUGGCCAGUGGGAAAGAGGUCAUCGGUAGGAUCCCAAAAGGAAAGCUGGUGGAUUUUGAAGCCAUGACAACACCCAGUCCAGACAACUUCAGUAAAACAGCAAAGAGCUGGAUGACUCUCAAUAGUUUGCCAACUUGGUACCAGAGUCUUCCAUCUGUAGCAGACACCUUCCCGUCAACCAGAAUGAUGAUCGAGGUUCUCAACACAGACUCGUCUUCACAUUGUCCAAAGAAGUCCUAACACGACUUCUACACAGGAGUGAAGUCUGUUUUUAAUUUAAAGUCUUAAUAAUGAAGCUUCUACACUGGGCAGAACAAAGGGACUGUCUUCUUCUGCAACCCAAACAAAACUGGACUGAGUUCUCCAAAAGCAUCUUGGCUUUAAUGGUAAUUGUUUAAAUUUUAAGACGGAAAAUCAAAGUGUUACUUGACACAUUUGGGAAGCAGAUAGUGCCAGUCCUGGAUAGAACUGAUGUGAUAUUGAAGUGGUGACCAUUAUUUGGUUUGUGGAAAGCUACAAUUAAUCUUAUUUUGGUAUCAAAUCGCCCCUCCAAAUCCGGCUCUGUUCUCUGUCAUCCUCCCUUAAAAACCCCCUCAGACAUGACUCUUAAAAUCUCUAAAAGUUCUUAUACCACUUAUGCUGGAUGCUUUUAAAUGCAUUGUAGGCCAAUGUUGUCACAAAACCUGAAUUUUGACUUUGCUAGCAUAAAAAAAUUGCCUCUAUUUUAGCACCACAACAAACGACAGUCACAGACUGUUACUUGUGUUGACAUGUUAAUUGGACAACUGUGUAUCAACUCUCUGCAGUAGUUUUAAUAUUCUUUGUAAGCGAUAGAUAGAUAGCUGUAUUUGGCUUCUGCCGCCAGUUUAACAUUAUAUUAUAUUGACGUGAACUGGGAGCUGGUGGUCUGUUGAAUGAUUUCAGGUGUUUGACCUCCAACUGCAGCAGUCAACUGUCAACAUCCAGGCUGACGUUUUUAUUUUCCAGUUCUUAAUUAUUUUAUGAUAGAAUUUCAGCUCACAGAACACAUUUGGUCAAAUUAUGUAAUGUUUAUAAAGUUCAAUAUUGAUUCAGUCUUGUGUUCAGGGAGUUUUGUGACAACACGACCUUGGAUUAGUCCGUAUUUCCACUCGCCAGCUGUUUGGGGGUCGAUGAUCGAGAACAUUAGUGUCACAGUUUGGGAUGCAGAAGUGAUUCUGUCCACCCUCUCUUUUUCUCUGCUUUAUAGGCCAAACGGUGAAACACCUAAAGCACAAAGUCCAUCUCAUGAUACAUCAGCAUGAACAAUCUUAUGCUGCAUAGUCAAGGUUCAAUCCUAGCUAUAGAUUACAUUGAACUUUGAAUUGGAUGUUAAUUUGUUAACCGUUGUUUAAGUUUUGGAUUGAUGCUUUCUGGUAUCUAAAGAGUUUUUCUUUAACAUUCAAGAUUGUAUUUGGCACUUAUUUUUCAACCACUGCUGUGCACACACACACAGUCCAGCCUAUCAGCAGAGAAGGAGUUCUGGGAUUUUAAAAAUAUGAAACAAAAACCUUCAGGGCUAUUGAAUUCCACUUGGGAUACUUGAAGCAGUCUCUUUUUAUUUAGUUUUCUGGACACUUGCAGGAAGUGUCACUUCUCUUAUCAGGUGUUGAACUCCGCUUUCUAUUAAUGUGACCAAUAAAGGCUUGGUAUAAAGAUGGAUUGGCUCCUGAACUAAUAUGAGAGUAACAGUCAGAGAUUUUAGAGAAUUUUCAGAGAGCCAAAUAAAGUCUCAUGUAGGGCUGAAAAGAUAUUACAGUUAAUCGAUAAGUCAAUCGACAGAAAAUUAAACAACAGCUACAAAAAAAGAGAUUAAUUAUUUAAGUGACGUAUCAAGCAAAAAUGCCAAACAUUUUCUGGUUCCAGCUUCUCAAAUGUGAAAAUUUCCUGUUUCUCUGCGUUUUAUGUCUGAUGUUAUGUUAUGUUUUGAGGACAGAACUUGAAGACGUCAUCUUGGACUUUUCUGAAAUUAGUAUUUAAGUAUUUUGACGUGUUUUCUUAUAGUUUCUUUUACAUUUACAACUUGACACAGCAGAGAAAUCAUGGCUUACAAGUCUAUGAAAAGAGAAAAAGGAGCAGCCAACACUUUUCUGAUAUUUUAGAGACUAAUCAUUUAAUCUCUCCUUUUUUAUAUAGUUAAUUUGUAAUGAAAAUAAUAAUUAGUUGCAGCCCUGGCUUCAUGUCCUUCUGGCUAUGCAUUGUGGCGGAGGGAACUUUAAAGAGUAAUAAGCUGCAUUCAGUCAUGUUUCAUAUCGGAAUGAAUAAAGGGUAAAUGCAUCCUGGUUAUUACAUAGUAGUGUGAUUCGAAAAGCUGUGAAACAGUACAUUUACAUUUUAAAGUUAAUUUAUUUAAUUUGAUCUGACCUUUGUCAUAUAAUAAUUAAAAAUCCAAACCGGAGCAACUAGAAGCUAAGAAGUAAAGACUCCUGAAUGUUCUCCGACAUCUCUGACUGUUGGGUCUUGUAGAGGAUUAAUUAUAGACUGGGGAAAAGCACACCACAUACUGUUAUGUUCUUUGUUAUCAUUCCUUUAGCUUGCAUUGGAUGCCAUCUGUGUCACUCACAUUUAUUUUCUUUGGAUUUUCUUAUGAUCUCCUGGAUACAAUGUGCUUGUACGAGCCGUUCUUUAAGACACAUUAGAGUAAUAUUUUGGGAGAAAAGAGCUCAUAUCCCUCCAAAUGUCUUAACCAUCAAAUAUUGUCAGUAUAUUUUUUCCUGGUUCCUACAUAUGUGUGUAGGUUAACUUUGCAUAGCCAAAUUUCCGUCAUGUCAUGUUCACAGAUGUCCGGAGAAAACCUGGUCAGAAUAAAACUGGAUGAAGAGGAAAUCCUCACAAAGACAUUUAAUUGUCUGUAAAUUUGAAAAUGUUUGAGGAAACAUCACGUGUGUGGUUAUCUGUUUGAUGUUUUCUGUUGUGAAAGUUUAUUAGUUUAAAAGUGAAUCUGACCAAGUGUUGUCAUUGGGUUUCUCCAGAUCUCUUGGAGGUUGACAAGAUUGAAUUCUGGCUUUUCAUAAUUCGAGAUGAUAUUGUUUUAAUCUGGCAAAUGGGGUAAUCCUGCGUGGGAAGUUAAUGCGAUGUGAUGUUUACAUGCAGCAACCUUAUGAAACAAAAUACUUGAGUGAGUGAUAUUGAGGCUACAUUAGUGUGUUUGCAACUGCUGCCUAUGUUUUUUAAUGACUCAUCAAUGUUGGUUUAAGCACAAGGAGGAAAUGCUUACAAGCUCAGCAGGUAAUUCACCUGGAAUGAUCUGAAAGUAUUCAGUCUUUGGAACAAAUGUCAGCACUUUUCUUUCUCUUUAAUCGCAACCUUAAUGAAUUAGAGGCCUUUAAUGCUAAAGUAUCAUCACUGAAAGUCAUGUCAAUGCAGUAGUUCUUAAUUGAAUGUCCGGUUUCCUGAUUUUGUCAUUUUAUUAGAUCAUUUCCACAAAGUAAGAACAAAUUGACCUGUUCAAUAGCAUAUCUAACUCAUUUCUUGCAUUACUGACAGUCUUUCUUUGUGUCACUUUAUUUUAAUAUCAGUAAUUGUGCUGACUGGUUGUCAUUUUAUUUUUUGCACUUGGUGACCCAGUCAUUAAGUGCUAUGGUGGGCUUAAAGCUUAAAACUUGAAGGAGGGAAUGUUUUAUUGAGUGAAUGAAUGAAUUUUCAGCAGUCAAUAAAACUGGUUGACAAUUUUAA